AUGAAAGAUGGUGAAUCGGUGGACGAUUUCGCUUUGAGAUUGAACACAAUUGUGACCGGUAUUCGAUCUCUAAGUGAAAAGGUUAAAGAAAUCAAAAUGGUGAAGAAGUUUUUAUGGGCCGUUCUGGAACGAUUUAUGCUAAUAUUGUCGUCAAUUAAACAAUUUGGAGACUUGAAGAACAUGACGGUGGCAGAAGUUAUGGGUAGGCUUAAGACCCAUGAAGAAAGGCUACGGGGCUUUGGAGAUCGAGAAGGAGAACCUUCACUAUUGCUCAUUCAUGUCGAGUGGUCAUCAUGGUCCAAGCGAACCGAUGAGAAAGACUUUUUGAAUGCUCCAAGGGGAAGAAGAGGAUUAUGUGGACGUGGUCGUGAAUGCCCAAAUAAGAGGCAUGGUGAUGAGGCAAACCUCACUCAAACUGAAGAUGAAGAAGUCGCUUUGAUGAUGGCUAUUACCAGUGAGGAGGAACCCAACAAAGUCUUCCUAGAGGAGAAGAUUUCAGUUAAUCUUCUUAUGUCCGGCGAACUUCGAGUUGAAUCCAAUGUUUGGUUUCUCGACAACGGUGCGAGCAACCACAUGAUGGGAGAUUGUUUAAAGUUCCAUGAGCUAGACGAAAUGAUUUCGGACCAAGUGAGGUUUAGGGAUGGCUUAACGGUAACGAUUAUGGGGAAGGGAUCAAUUUUAUUCGAUUGCAAGAAAAGUGAUCAACAACUUCUAAAUGAGUCGGUGGUCGUGGGUUUAUAUGCUCUCCCAAAAUUCGAAGCCUUGGAUGCAUUUAAAUGGUUGCCAUUUAAAAAACUUGAUGAUCGAAGCAAAAAGAUGGUCUAUUUUGGUGUCAAAGAUGAAACGAAAGGCAACCGUUUAUUUGAUCCACAAGAUGGGAACUACGGGUUGCUUGUGAUGUGUUUGAGGAAAAAGAAGGAUGAAACUGGUCCAAAGAAACGGAGGAACCAAAAACACCCCGUAACCGAAGCUACUAAGUCUGGACAGCCCCAUUUAGAGGCUGUACAUGAAGACUCAGUUUCUAAUUCUAUUGCCCUUGAGCCGAUUUCAUCAUCUCCUUCAUUUGCCAACAGCUCGUCAACCGAAAUUGGACCUCAAGGACUUCAUUCAUUAGCUGAUGUUUAUAAAUACGCCAAGAAUAUGACUCUUGACCCUGAGGAGCUAAUGAUGAUUGAUGUGGAUCAACCAUCAACUUUUAAAGAGACAGUGAAUUUUAGAGAAUAG